ACCCUUUUCUUGGAAAUUCUCUUAACUACGAAGUAUUAUAAUACUCUUACAUUUUCUUAUUCUUUAAUCUUUUUCCACCCCUUUGGUUAUCUCUGCUUAACAUCAGACUUUGAAUCUGCUUCUGCUGUGAAAUUAGACUCUUCUGUUCUUGUUUGAAUGGAGAUCGAUAAAGCAAUUGGAGAUUGCAAUGAUCAAAGGUUGAAAACUAAGUAUAACAACGCUGUCUAUGUUAUUCAGAGAGCUCUUGCUCUUUACAACAUUGAAGAGGUUGCUUUCAGCUUCAAUGGAGGAAAAGAUUCAAUUGUUUUGUUGCAUCUUCUAAGAGCUGGGUAUUAUCUCCAUAAAUUGGAGCAAGUAAAGCAUGAUGAAGAUCUUGGAUGUAAUCAAUCCAAAUUUCCAAUUAGGACAAUAUAUUUUGAGAGCCCUUGUGCUUUCCCUGAAAUAAAUUCAUUCACAUAUGAAACAGCUGCUAUCUAUAAUUUGCAAUUGGACAUCCUUCGUCAGGAUUUUAAAUCUGGUCUGGAAGGUUUGUUGAGGACUAAGCCUAUAAGAGCCAUUUUUCUCGGUGUCCGUAUAGGUGAUCCUACCGCGGUAGGCCAAGAGCAGUUCUCUCCUAGCUCUCCAGGAUGGCCACCAUUUAUGAGAGUGAACCCCAUCUUAGAUUGGUCUUAUAGAGAUGUAUGGGCGUUCCUACUAACAUCCAAGGUACCUUACUGCAGCCUUUAUGAUCAAGGCUAUACUUCCAUUGGAAGUGUAUAUGACACAGUUCCAAAUAGUCUUCUGUCUGUUAGUAAUCCCACUAGCGGUAAAGUGGAAUAUAGGCCAGCGUACAUGCUUGCAGAUGGAAGAUCAGAAAGAGCUGGGAGGACAAGGAAAUCUAAAGUAGCUGACAGUAGUAUUUCUCUUAGCAAUGGAACAACUGAUGUGGAAUCACAACAAACUUGUAUUCCAACAGCAUCAGUUAUUGGUGUCGGGGAUGAGAUUCUGCUUGGCAAGGUUGAGGAUCUCGUGGGACCAUCAUUGUGCAAAAAACUUCAUUCCAUUGGUUGGACAGUGACACAAUUCGAUGUCCUCCGAAGUGAUAUAGAUUCUGUUGCUGAAAGUGUUGAACGACAAAAAUCUACCAGUGAUAUGGUAUUUAUCUAUGGUGGAAUUGGUCCGUUACACUCAGAUGCUACUCUUUCCGGCAUCGCAAAAUCAUUUGGUGUCCGUUUGGCACCUGAUGAAGAAUUUGAAGAAUACCUGACAAGCAUAGCGGGCUAUCAGUCAACUGGUGACAAGAAUGAGAUGGCACAACUACCAGAGGGCAUCACCGAACUGUUGCAUCAUGAGAAACUUCCUGUGCCAUUGAUGAAGUGUCAGAAUGUUAUAAUUCUCAUGGCAACAAAUCUAGCAGAGCUGGACAAAGAAUGGGAUUGCUUGAUUGAGCUUGCAGCCUCUAGUGGGCUCCUAAUGUUGACAAAGCCUUUUUCUUCAAAGUAUCUUUCAACUACUCUUUCAGAUGUAGAAGUUGCUCAGCCAUUAUCAGCAAUGCGUAUUGAUUUUCCCGAUUUGUUUAUUGGGUGUUAUCGGAAGUCCAGGCGUGGGCCUCUUGUGAUUACGCUGGAAGGAAAGGACCAAGGGAAAGUGCAAUUGGCAACUGAGGCACUCGUGAAGAAGUUUCCUGCAGGGACAAUAUCUGAAACUAUUUAGAGUUAGGAUACAAAUUAUCAAAUUCCUCAGGGUCAGAAUUCUUUCAUUGUUGUUUGCUGUCCGAAUAUCAAAUUUUGGCAGCCGAAUUAGCUUCUCAUCUUCUAACUACAGUGAUUGUGGUAGCAGAAUCAAUGUUGAGAAAAGCUGAAUCCUCUUUCAUGACAAGAAUAGGGAUCAAAGUAGAAGGGCUAAGAAGGUGAAAAGGCUUAAAUUAUGUUGGGGAAGCCACAAGUAUAGAAAAUAAUGUACCUUACUAUAUAGUUUUUCAAUAUUAUAAUUGUUUUGGGCAGCCAGAAAGGCCCAGAAAGCAGCAUCUGAUUGAUUAUUGUGCUAUGACGAUUAUGGGACUGGUAAAUUAAUUAUUCAGUGAUUAGAAUGCCAACUAUAGUGCAGAAACUUUAACUUACAUAUUUUCAACUGAGAAAGUGGCUUUAAUAUGAAAUUCUUGCAAUA